AGGAUGGAUGUCUUUAUGGUGGUGCUACUGAUUGGGAUCCAUUUGAAGUAUUUAGUAUUCCUGAAGUCAACAUUAUUUCUUAUUUUCCGUUCUAACUCUGAAAUGACUCCUAGUGUCUCGGAGCGUCCUCCUAACUUGAGUGUCGCGGGCACAACAAGUCGUUCAGAACUCUUUCAGGUCCACGUGGGGGACACUGUUCAGAUCUGAUAAUGAUUAACCUGUAACCAAACACUGUCGUUCAGACGUAGGUGGAGUUGGUCUCCUUCAGGAUGGGAAGCCCUAGAUUGAAGAGGAAUGACUUGAGGUGAGUGUUCAAAGGACCAGAGGGAUCUUUUGCAGUAAGGAGAACUGUUUCAGUCACUUGACCUCCACUCCGUCGGAGGAUGAUGAUCCACACAUGAACCAAAACCUCCUGAAUCCGUAGGGUACAGACCACCUCUGGAGUUUAUUAACAAAGACUUCAGAACUAAAGAGCGCAUCCGAAGAGUAUUCCUGUCUAGACCUCCGCUAAAAUGGCAGAAGAAAACCUUCCUCUCAAACAUUUCCUGACCUGCAGCGUGUGCACUGAGAUCCUCAAGGACCCGGUGUCUCUGGGCUGUCACCACAGCUUCUGUUCCAGCUGUCUCCAGGACUUCUGGGCCCAAGCGGAGAACAAGAACUGUCCCGUCUGUAAGAGGAAAUCCUCAAAGGAUGUAGUCGUUAACUUUUCCAUCAAGGAGCUCGCUGACUCCUACGCUAGAAGACAGAGGUCUGCCCCCUCUGAUGAGGCCCAGGUGGUCUGCACUGAACCCUCCCAGAGGUCUGCCCCCUCUGAUGAGGCCCAGGUGGUCUGCACUGAACCCUCCCAGAGGUCUGCCCCCUCUGAUAAGGCCCAGGUGGUCUGCACUGAGCACUUAAAGGAUAUCAAGUGGUUCUGUAAGGAGGAGCAGAGAGCUGUGUGUCACGUGUGUGAGUUCCCUCACCACCAGGGUCACACAGUGGUUCCUCUAGAAGAACCAGUCCAGGAGCUGAAGCAGCAGCUGACACAUGACCUCACGGCUCUACAGGCCAGGAGGAGGAGACACCAGGAGCUGGAGGAGACGUAUGAGGCCAUGGUUCCUCACCUCAAGGGACAGCGGGUGAAGACCGAGAGGCGGAUCAGAGCAGAGUUUGAACAGCUUCACCGGUUCCUGAGAGAGGAAGAGGAGGCCAGAGUGAAGGCCCUGAGAGAGGAAGAGGAGCAGAAGAGGAAGAGGAUCCUCCUGGAGAGGAAGACCCUUCAGGAGCAGAUCCGGUCUCUCUCAGAGGGUCUCUCGGCUGUAGAAGCAGACCUGCAGAAGGACGGCCUGUCGUUCCUCAGCGCUUCCACGCGCUCCCGGACCAGCGCCAGAGCCCUGCUCUCCGGUUCUGAUCCCCAGCUGCUUCCUGGAGCGCUGCUGGACGAGGCCAAACACCUGGGAAACCUGGCCCACCGAGUCUGGGAGGAGAUGGGGCAGAGGACCACCUUCAGCCCCGUUACUCUGGACCCAAACACUGCAUCACACUCACUCUCUCUGUCUGAUGAUCUGACCAGCGUGAGAGUUAGCGAUGUAACCCAGAAGGUUCCUAACAACCCAGAGAGGUUCACUAGGUACCCUAAUGUUCUGGGCUCUGAGGGCUUCAGCUCAGGGGAACACUGCUGGGAGGUGGAGGUGGGAGACCAUCCUAUCUGGAUAAUAGGUGUUGCUAAAGAGUCAGUGGACAGGAAAGGAGUGUGUACUGCUUCACCAGAUAAUGGAAUCUGGUGUUUAGUCCACCGCAGUGGAAAGUACGCUCCGGGUACUGGUCAAACCCUGACAUUGAAGAGGACUCCAGAGAGGAUCAGAGUCCAGCUGGACUAUGAUGGAGGGGAGGUGUCCUUCUACGACCCUGAAGACAUGACUCUCAUCUACACCUAUCAAGACACUUUCACUGGCAACAUCUUCCCUUGGUUUGCUCUUGGACCAGCAGGUGAAGCCCAGACCAAAGCUGUUAGAGUGUGUGGUGUCUCCUCACGCACUAAACCAUGUAAAUGAAUGUAAACUUGUCAGUUCUGUUUGCCCGCUAGAGUCUCUGGUAUGUAGAAACAUGGUAUAAUAUAUAUAUAUACACAUAUAUAAUCGGGUAAUAAUCAAAUAGUAGAACAAAGAAACAAAUCAACAGGUAUAUUACAACAAAAUAAUACUAGUCCACCCUGUGGUCAAUGUAUGGAAUGACACAUAGCAAGACAGAGCAAGAAAACACUGCCUGCAGUUACACACACAUAUAUAUAUUAUAUAUAUAUGUGUGUGGAUCAAUAUAUCUAGUUGUGUAUAUAUGAGUAUAGUAUCAUAGGCGGUAGAGGAUGGUCAGUGAAGGUCUCAGUGCAGCCUGUGGAUCAUUAACAGUGAGGGGUGUGGGUCUUUUCUUGUUAAAUGGUAUAAAUGGAAUUGUACGUUAAAUGUUGAUAACAAGGGUCUGUAAUAGAACCACACAUGUAGAGAUAUCAAUUAUAUUGUUAACACAAUAUUGUUAUGUUAACACCUACACACCAAUCACAUGGGGAAAUAACAAUCAUCUAUCAAACGGUUGGUUGUGUAAUUCUAUUACUUUUGGUUUUGGUCAAUGCUGUUCAUUCCUGUCUGUGUAUUAGUCUACCCUCACUGUUUGGGACGUAUCGGUUUAUAAAUAUUCACGCAGGGUAGAGAAAGGUGUUAGGGUUUGAUUCCAGGGUUUAGGGUUUAGUAACAGAGGAAAUCAAUCAGAACAUAAUGAUGAAUUCAUUAUUAUGUUAUUAAUUAUUAUGAAUAGUGAUUAUUCAGGUAACUGUGAUUCCAUUCCCGUUAACCAACUAAAAGUUAUUUCUUACAAUAAACAUGUGUCGGCCUGUUCUAUGAUUCAUGUCGUUCAUAACUCCUCCAGAAGCCGUCCUGACGCGUACAACAGGAAACCUUCUUCACACACUUCACAA